AUGUUGACAACGCAAGCCAGUGAGUCGUGCAAUUCACAAGUGCGACUCUUCUUAAAACCGAAACAUAAUCUCGACGAGUUUUUCAUCCACUUUACCUGUUUGUUGGCUGACAAAAGGCGCAAAGAGACUGAGUCCGACUAUGAUGGGAAACAAUCAACCCCUUACAUAGUGUUGGAGAAAAGUUCCAUCCUCCAACAUGCUGCCAAGAUCUUCACGAAAAACAUCUUCAAUCGGAUUCAAUAG